AUGGCGUCCUCUGACGGAGGAGCAUCAGGACUCAAUCGAGAUGACGAUGCGCUAGGUGGGGCUUUGGGCGAGCUCACUGGUCCCCUGGCGCCCUCAGAGCUACUGGCCAGGCCACAGCUUAGCAGCUAUGUAAGUCACCUUCGCAGCGCCGGUCUGGACGCCAACAUGACUCAAGGUGAGCAUCUGGUUUCUGAUGCGGAGGUGCCUGUACUUCCAGAUCUUUCAGAGCCCAUGCCAGCAGGUGGCGAGGACGAGGAGGAGGGCGUUGUCGACUUGUUGCUGGAAGUCUCUGACGAGCAGUUAACUGAUCUGGCUGCGAUGAAGCAGAUGUUGCAAAGCCACUGCGGCGUAUCGCCUUUCAGACAGAGACUGCUGUGCAAGGGAAGCUAUCUCGAGGACGAAGCCAGCCUCGAGGGGACAGAAGACCUGCAGCUGGUCUUACUCAGCUUUGCGGCCACGACCCCAGAGCAGAUGAAUGAGCUCGUACUCUCCGCUCAUUCUGGCAAUCUGCAGAAGGUGCACGACCUGUUGAAGAGACCACAGGAUCCAGAUUCAUCCAAUGCUGCUGGAAACAGACCUCUGAUUGCCGCUGCAGCAAAUGGCCACGCUGAAGCUGUUACGUUGCUCUUGUCUGCUGCCGCUGAUAAGGACCUCUCUGACGCAGACCACAACACUGCCUUGAUUCUCGCGUGUGCUUUCAAGAGGUUAGAGGUCGUAGAAUUGCUGGUGGAGGCUGGUGCUCACCUAGACGCAACGAACCACAACGGCACGACAGCGUUGAUGGCGGCAUCUAGAAAAGGCUACGAUGACAUCGUGGCAGUGCUCCUGAGCCGGAGAGCCCAAACAGACUUGGCCGACAAUGCCGGGAACACUCCUCUUAUUUGCGCAGCAGAGGAGGACCGCUUGAAGACCGCGAGUUUGUUGCUGGAGGCCGGCGCUCGCGCCAACCUGGCCAACCAUGUGGGCAGGACGGCCCUCCUUGCGGCGUCGGAGCAGCGCUUUGGGCAGAUCCUGAAGAUACUUCUGUCAGCCCGUGCUGACGUGGACAUGGCAGACAGUGAAGGGAACACGGCUCUACUUCUAUCUUCGGAGAACAAUCGCGUGAACCUGAUGGGCCUGCUCUUGGCAGCAAGCGCGUCCAUCGAUGCAGCGAACCAUGAAGGUAAGACGGCGCUUAUUGUGGCGGCUGAAGCGGAUUCUGUGGGAGCGGUGCGCUUGCUCCUCCUGGCAGGAGCAGAUAAGACCAAGGUCGACAAGGAGGGCAACACAGCCCUCAGAGCUGCAGCGGGUAACUUUUGCUCCAUUAUCGUCGGCUUGCUCCUGGAGGCGAGAGUGGGCAUGGAGGUGGCGAAUCGCUUUGGCAAAACAGCCCUGAUCUCUGCUGCUGAGCAUGGCUUCCUCGACGGUGUGCAAUUGCUGCUGAAAUCACGCGCUGAUAAAGAGCUGACUGACAAUGAAGGCAACACGGCACUCAUCUCCGCAGCCGCGAACAAGCAGAGCUUCUGUGUGCGAUGCUUGUUGCAAGCCAGGGCUGUCCCCGACGCAAGCAACCAGAGUGGCAAGACAGCCUUGAUCUACUCUGCUAUCCACGGCUCAGACGACAGCGUGACGCUGCUCUUAAGAUGCGGUGCUGACCGGAAUCUCUGUGACAGCAACGGCCGCACAGCUCUGGAUUCCGCGAAGUCAAAUGGGCACUGGAAAAUUGCGCAGAUGCUGCAAAACUUGACCAAUGGGGAAGCUGUGACGCCUCGCAUGUCAUUUCUGCAGACUUCCCUGGAAAGCGUUCGGUGCGGGAGCGUUUGCCUCAUCGAUUUCCUGAUCAGUCAGGGUCACGCCGGCGUCGACGGUCGCAGCCGACAGAAGCGGCUGAAGGCUGCCACUCGAGCGCAGCGAGCGCUGCGAAACUGCGGAAAGGACGGACUGCGUCCACCGGCGCCUCUCCACACCGCAGCUGCCAGCGGAAGCGCCCAGGCAGUGGAGGCGCUACUUCAUCACAAAGCGACCGUGACUGCGACAGAGGCGCAUGGUGUCAUGGCCUUGCACCUUGCGGCGGAUCGUGGCUCAUCGAAGGUGGUUGAGCUAUUGCUCGAAGCCAAGGCGCCACUAGCUGCAAAAGAUCUGAAUCAGCAGACCGUGCUGCAUUUUGCCGCCCGCAGCGGUAACUGCGAAACUCUGGCUAUCUUGCUGCAGCGCUGGCUUGCCGAUGAGUCGGUGUCGUCACAAGGAGCCCGCGUUUACGGCGGCGCGAUCGACUGGCGAGAUCGCUGGCAUCGGACACCACUUCAUUGGGCGGUGGUGAAUGGGCACACUGCUGCCUGCGAGGUGCUCCUCAAUGCAGGAGGAAGCCCAGAACCUCCCAAGGUCAGGGCAUACCGCCAUGAGAAGAGUACGUCCCUGCUGUCUGAGAGCCCCCUGGAAAUUGCCCAACGCCGUGGUGAUGAAGAACUAGUGCCUCAGUCCGACGCAGUUGCCUUGCUGCUACGGCACGGGGCCGUGAGCUCGGGCUGA